AUGCUUCAAUGCCGCGCUAUACAGUCCCUAAUUCCUCAGCUUCGAGGGCAGCUUUCGCUCGCCCAAAACUGUAGAGCCCAUUCAUCGCAUUCUGGGCACAGCGAUGCUUCAGACCUCGAUACUGCACGAGACUGGUUUCAGCGUUUCAAUCAAUCUACCAUUCCGGUUAAGAUAGGGCAGACUACUUAUUCUCGCUCGUCGGGGCCUGGCGGUCAGAAAGUCAAUAAAACGAGCUCGAAAGCAACUACUGUGUGGCCUCUUUACGCUCUUCAGGGUCAUGUUCCGAAAAUCCUCCAUCAAGGUCUCCGAGAUAGCAACUAUUACGUUGCUUCAUCUGAUUCCAUUAGUAUUCAGUGUGAUACCACCCGCAGUCAGAUCGGCAACAAAGAGGAGACAUAUGCUCGGCUCCACGACGAAAUCACUCGGAUCUACAAAAGGAGAGUUCCUGGUGUCACAUCUCCGGAGCAGAAACAGAAGAUUGAGCAUUUGAAGAAAGUCGAAAAUACGGUCAGACUCAGGAUUAAGAAGAUGCACAGCGACAAAAAGCGGUCACGGAGCAGCGGAGGCAACCAUGGGGACUGA